GAUUACAAUGUGCUAAGUCCAUCAUAUCCACAAAGGAAGCCUGACGUGAGAGGGAACCAAAUGUUACACUAUAUAGGCCUUAACACAUUUGGAUUUUAUCAUAAUCAUGCCCUUGGAGAGGGCAUUGAUUACCAGGCUAUUUGGAAAGAAAUUCAGAAUGAUGAAGAUUCCCAAACCAAUUCUGUUUGGAGCAAACAUAGCAAUCAAGAGAAAAACAAAGAUUUCAGGAAAGAUAUGGGAUUUCUUGAAGUGAGAGGUGCCUUAAGAGGGACCAUAUGUAGAACCCAGAAAGAAAUGCAAAAUCAUGAUGAAGAUGUUAAUGUUAGUUGUAUUCUAAGUGACCAUCACAAAAAAGAAAAAUUCAGAGAAUCCAGUAAAGAUUUGAAAUUUGUUAAAAUGAAAAACACCUUAGGAAGGCAUACAUAUGGAAAUCAGAAGGAAACUAAGCAAAAAGAUGAAGACAGUCAAAGAAAUUAUACUUUGAAGAAAAAACGCAAAAAAGAAAGUGAUUGCAAGAAAAACAUUGAACAUGACAAAAUUAAAAGUACCUUAAGGAAGCAUAUAUAUUACAGAAAUCAGAAGGAAAUGAAGAAUUCUGGUUUUGCCAAUUAUGCCACAGAAUCAAAAACCAAGGAUAUCAGGACAGAUGUGGAUGUCAUUGAAAUAAAAAAUGCCUUAAGGAAGCACAUAUAUAGAGCUCAGGCUGUCAGAUACAACUGUAUUAGACUAGAAAAACAACCAGUGUACAAUGUAGAGGUUAAAAAUGCUGAAUUUCCUAGAGGUGUAUUGAAUUUAAUUGAAAGUCUCAUAGAAGGUCAGUUUUUUAAAGAAGCAAUUGAGGAACUUUCCUCUUUGCAAGCACAUUAUAUCCCUCCUGUAUGCCUUCUUCACGCUCUUCUAGAGAAUGUUUUACAGGAUAAUAUAGAUACGUUUUCCAGUCGAUACUUUCAUAUAUUGUCAGCUCUUCUUCACUUGCAUCCUCCUUGGAAGUCCCCAGCCAUGUCAAGAUAUUACUUAGAGUUGUUUCAGUGUCCAACUUGUAUGAAAGGAGCUUGGUCUUUAGUAGAAGUGCUUAUCAGGUCUUGUCUUUUCAAUGAAAGUUUUUGUCACCAAAUUUCAGAAAAUAUUGGGUCUAAGGUACUCCACCUAACACUGCUCAAAUUUUUCUUUAAUUUGGUUGAAAGUGAAGUACGGCAUCUGAGUCAAAAGUUGUAUGACUGGCCAGAUUCUCAGAGUCUAAAAAUAACAGGAAAGGCAAUUCUUCUUGAAAUCUUUUGGUCAGGAAGUGAGACCUCUGGGCUUUUGACCAAACCAGUGAAUAUGCUUUUGGAAUGGACUAUAUAUUCUCACAAAGAGAAAUGCAAGUCUAAUGACGUCUUCAAACAUGAACUAGCUUACUUAUUGACUGGAAUUCUUGGAGCAGCAAUAGAUUAUUGGAUUUUCCUUGGUCUUAAGAUGGGUAGAAAUGUGAUGAGACACAUGUCUGAUGACUUAGGAACUUAUAUUUCCCUUUCAUGUGAUG